AGCUCAAGUUUGGCGGUCUGGUCUGCUGACUUUCUGCGGUUCAGCUGCCCUCGUAUCUUUGACAGUUGGUUAAUUAUCAGCAUCGAUGUAUUCCAUAGAAAACCAGUAUCCAGCCCAAUUUAUAUACGUCUAAUAAUUUUGAACUAGAGUUGUUGAUUGUUGUCACAAAAUCGCGAAUGGAAAUCAGCCUUUUCGCUGGAAAUUAGCAAAGUUUCCGCCUACGCGUGUUUGGGAUGUUGUGGACUGACGAUCUUGAGGUUACCAGUGAAAGAAAAUAAAACUUUGUUCCAAAUUAGCAAUUCAUAACGGACGACAAAGGCUUAGAGUUAAGUUCAGUAAAUUGUUGUGAAAUACUGAUGAUUUUAUUUUGACGCAUUCGGAUUACACAAAAAUGUUUUGAUGGGAGAAGAAAUUGUGACAAGCGCUCUGCGAUCGUUCACUGCAGUACGUAAAUUAGCUCGUGGGAAUCUGUUCACUAUUUUUGGAGGAAUAACAAACUUGCAAUUGUUAGUUUCAAAGGUAUUUGUUCGAAGGAUGCGCAGAGUUUUCUUUAUCUGUGCACUGGGGGGACGUUUCCGCCUUCACGUUCCUAUGUUUAUUCACAGCCUAAUCGCUUUCAUUCGCGCGUUCUCCGGGCACUCCACGCCAAAUUUAGGAAAAGCUUCCAGCAAAUCUCGCCUAUCGUAUUUCACAGUGAGAACGCUUUUCUAAAUAGACUAAACUAUCGUUUAUAUUUACACCCGGCGAAUGGUGAGAUCGCGAUUAAUCGCCGUGGCGUAUAUUUUGUUUCUUCUGAUAAGCUUCCUCCUGUCCGCUGGCGAAAUUGUACUGACCAGCGCAAUUAUCGUGCAUUCGAUCUGCUGUGAAAAGGUAUCUCUCGAUGAAAUCGCUUGAGAGAGGCAGCUUGCCUUUAUUGGAUUCUACGAGACAAGUAUCAAAUGUCUGACAGCUUAAGUUUUGAAGUAAAAAUAAAAUCUUGAUUAAUAAAAGAAGUAUUCAUUACCCAGACACUAUCUAUUGUCGGUAGUGAAGACGCCUUGUUGAAAGUGCACGGGAAACUCUUUUGUUUAGUCAUUUCUACCCUCGAGUUAACCUUAAAAGUGAAUGGAACCUGUUCCAGAAUUUAUCUGCAAAGUUUGUGGAAGCACAAUGUUACCACACGAAGCAUAUCAGGUCAGCAAUGGUGUUCAGUACACUCAACCGCUCGCCGUUCAACCCUACACAGAGGUGGCUGUUCCCCCAUCCAUCGACACAACACAGCAGUUGCAGCAGUUGCAGACACAAACCCACCAGCUUCAGCCAUCUGAAGUUCUGAUUCAGAAUGGUGACACAGGACCAAAGAGACUGCACGUCACCAAUAUCCCUUUUAGAUUUAGAGAUCAUGAUCUAGUUCAAAUGUUUGGGCAAUUUGGUACUCUGGCGGACUGUGAAAUAAUCUACAAUGAACGAGGAUCAAAGGGAUUUGGUUUUGUCACAUUUGCAAAUUCUGCGGAUGCAAUGAAAGCUCGGGAAAAGCUGAAUGGCACCAUUGUGGAUGGAAGAAAGAUAGAGGUAAACAAUGCAACCCCUCGACCGCACGCCAAAAAAAGUCCGGGCCAAAAUCGAGGACCCUAUACCAAUGGUACCUCAUUCCGUGGCAUGAGAGGAGUUCGUCGGGCUUCUCCUGUGAACAAGUUUAGUACAAGGACUAUUCAACCUCCGCAAGUGUCAGCAUACGAUGGCACCUAUAGUGGUAGUUAUGACGGAUAUGAUCAGACCUAUGGAGCCAGGAGAAUAGGAAGUUUUACAGGGUAUGAAGCAGCACCCUAUGGUGGUGGAUAUGGCCCGGCAAACACAUACGCGGCUCCAUCGCCCGCGUACCGUCCAGCGGCACCGCCCCAGGCCCCACCGACAAGUUACAGCACAGGCUACAGAUACGCACCGUAUUAGUCACGUGACAAUCACCAGAGCAACAAGACAUUCGGACAAUACACCAUUGCACAAUAUCAUCCACAACGUAGUCACAAAUCAUGGAUUGCUGGUUCUUUGUGAUUCUCAAAGAACCCUUCGUUCGUCAAGUGUAUAGGUCAUUGUCAAUCUUGUAAAUAGUAGAAAUUAACGAUUUCUAGAGAUCGACGGUCUCGGGAUAGGAAACAUUCACUCAUCUUAGAAAGCAGCAGGCCAACGUCCUAUUUGAGGCUUGAUUUGAUAAAGAAAGAGAGAUCCUAAGACUUUUUACAGUGAGAUGCUUCAAACCGUGAAUACUUGGUAAUGAUUUUAAUCUUUUCUAGAACUGUAAUGUGGUUGUAAUUUCUUAGUGUGAAUGAAAGCAUAAAUUGUGACCAUUCGAAUGACAGAGAUUACAGGCAGUGCGUAGUACCUUUAUGUACAGCUGUUUGUUUUUCAAUUUUUCGCAAUACAAAUUUAACAAGUUGUCAAAUUUGUACUUUGUGGAAAGUAAACAGAAAAUUAGUUUUGACAUCUUUUCGUUGGGUUUCUGUUUUGUUUGGCCAAUCAGAAACCAGGAUCGUCUCAGGAGUCGGAGACUUAAAUUGCACCUGCACAAUUACUAGCUCUUUGAUUGGCUGAGACGUUUGACAGGUGCACGUGCAGUAACUGAAUGUUUCAUCAGCUGAGAGUUUUGGGAAGCCAACGGUAAGAUGUCAAAAAGUAAUCAAACCUUUUACCGAGUGGCAAUGGUUACCUUAAAAAAUGUUAGUCUUUCUACAGAAUGGUGGUAGCUUCAAGUUAAUCUCAGUUAGCCUUCACUGAGAACGGGUGGUCGGGUGGAGCAGAGCGCAAGCGCGGGACACGAGAGCGAAGCGCAAAGGCGAGCGCGCUUCGUGCUUUACCCCGCUAUACCUCCCGUUCUCCUCCCGACUUGAAGUUUGCUCUUUGCCUGAGAUGAUUAAACACAUUCAACAAGUUUCGAAUGUUGUCAAUAAGAUUAAAGUAAUGGCCUCUACUACUUGUUCUAAUAAAAGUGUAAAUUAUACUUAGGCUGUAGACACAAGAGAGAGCCUUAUGUAGGGUUUCUCUUGAUCUUAUGAUAAAAAAAUGUAUUUAAAUUUGUUGUUUAUUGA